GCGGGCCCGCUUUAAGGUCCCUGCUUUAAGAGCUAAUGGCGGAGCCUGGCGGGUUGAAGUUGGCGGUGGCCUAGGCCUUGAAGGAAUUCAGCAUCUGUCGGAUAUCCACGCCAUCCUUCCUGAGGCAGGCUUGUUUUACUUGGUAUAACAGGCCUGAUUGUGGAGUUGUGACUGUCUCAGUGUUGCUGCCACCAUGUUUCUAUACAACUUGACCUUGCAGCGAGCCACUGGCAUCAGCUUUGCCAUUCAUGGCAACUUCUCUGGAACCAAACAACAGGAAAUUGUUGUUUCCCGUGGGAAGAUACUGGAGCUGCUUCGUCCCGACCCCAACACUGGCAAAGUACACACCCUACUAACUGUGGAAGUAUUUGGUGUUAUCCGGUCACUCAUGGCCUUUAGGCUGACGGGUGGCACCAAAGACUACAUUGUGGUUGGCAGUGACUCAGGUCGGAUUGUUAUCCUGGAAUACCAGCCAUCUAAGAAUAUGUUUGAGAAAAUUCACCAAGAAACCUUUGGCAAGAGUGGAUGCCGCCGCAUUGUUCCUGGCCAGUUCUUAGCUGUGGAUCCCAAGGGGCGAGCUGUUAUGAUUAGUGCCAUUGAAAAACAGAAAUUGGUAUAUAUCUUGAACAGAGACGCUGCAGCCCGGCUUACCAUUUCAUCUCCCUUGGAAGCCCACAAAGCGAACACUUUAGUAUAUCAUGUGGUUGGAGUAGAUGUAGGAUUUGAAAAUCCAAUGUUUGCUUGUCUGGAAAUGGAUUAUGAGGAAGCAGACAAUGAUCCCACAGGGGAAGCAGCAGCUAAUACCCAGCAGACGCUUACUUUCUAUGAGUUAGACCUUGGUUUAAAUCAUGUGGUCCGAAAAUACAGUGAACCUUUGGAGGAACAUGGCAACUUUCUUAUUACAGUUCCCGGAGGGUCAGAUGGUCCAAGUGGAGUGCUGAUCUGCUCUGAAAACUAUAUCACCUAUAAGAACUUUGGUGACCAACCAGAUAUCCGCUGUCCAAUUCCCAGGAGACGGAAUGACCUGGAUGACCCUGAAAGAGGAAUGAUUUUUGUCUGCUCUGCCACCCAUAAGACCAAAUCGAUGUUCUUCUUUUUGGCCCAAACUGAGCAGGGAGAUAUCUUCAAGAUCACUUUGGAGACAGAUGAAGAUAUGGUUACUGAGAUUCGGCUCAAGUAUUUUGAUACUGUGCCUGUUGCUGCUGCCAUGUGUGUGCUUAAAACAGGCUUCCUUUUUGUAGCAUCAGAAUUUGGAAAUCAUUACUUAUAUCAAAUUGCACAUCUUGGAGAUGAUGAUGAAGAGCCUGAGUUUUCAUCUGCCAUGCCUCUGGAAGAAGGAGACACGUUCUUCUUCCAGCCAAGACCACUUAAAAACCUUGUGCUGGUCGAUGAGUUGGACAGCCUCUCUCCCAUUUUGUUUUGCCAGAUAGCUGAUCUGGCCAAUGAAGACACACCACAGCUGUAUGUGGCCUGCGGUAGGGGACCCCGAUCAUCUCUGAGAGUCCUACGGCAUGGACUUGAGGUGUCAGAAAUGGCUGUCUCUGAGUUACCCGGUAACCCCAAUGCUGUCUGGACAGUGCGUCGGCACAUUGAAGAUGAGUUUGAUGCCUAUAUCAUUGUGUCUUUCGUGAAUGCCACACUUGUACUAUCCAUCGGAGAGACUGUGGAAGAAGUGACUGACUCUGGGUUCCUGGGCACAACCCCAACCUUAUCCUGCUCCUUGUUAGGAGAUGAUGCCUUGGUACAGGUGUAUCCUGAUGGCAUUCGGCAUAUAAGAGCAGACAAGCGAGUCAAUGAGUGGAAGACCCCUGGGAAGAAAACGAUUGUGAAAUGUGCUGUGAACCAGCGACAAGUGGUGAUUGCCCUGACAGGAGGAGAGCUGGUCUAUUUUGAGAUGGAUCCUUCAGGACAGCUGAAUGAGUACACAGAGCGGAAGGAGAUGUCAGCCGAUGUGGUGUGCAUGAGUCUGGCCAAUGUGCCUCCUGGAGAGCAGCGGUCUCGCUUCCUUGCUGUGGGGCUGGUGGACAAUACUGUCAGAAUCAUCUCCCUGGACCCCUCAGACUGUUUGCAGCCUCUGAGCAUGCAAGCUCUCCCAGCCCAGCCUGAGUCCUUGUGUAUUGUGGAAAUGGGUGGGACUGAGAAGCAAGAUGAGCUGGGUGAGAGGGGCUCUAUUGGCUUCCUAUACUUGAAUAUUGGGUUACAGAAUGGUGUGCUGCUGAGAACUGUCCUGGACCCCGUCACUGGGGAUCUGUCUGACACCCGCACUAGGUACCUGGGGUCUCGUCCUGUGAAACUCUUUCGUGUCCGGAUGCAAGGCCAAGAGGCAGUGUUGGCCAUGUCUAGCCGCUCGUGGUUGAGCUAUUCUUACCAGUCUCGUUUCCAUCUCACCCCCUUGUCUUAUGAGACCCUGGAAUUUGCGUCUGGCUUCGCCUCUGAACAGUGUCCCGAGGGCAUUGUUGCCAUCUCCACCAAUACCCUGAGGAUUUUAGCACUGGAGAAGCUAGGUGCUGUCUUCAAUCAGGUAGCCUUUCCAUUGCAGUAUACACCCAGGAAAUUUGUCAUUCACCCAGAGAGUAACAACCUUAUCAUCAUUGAGACAGACCACAAUGCCUACACAGAAGCUACAAAAGCUCAGAGAAAGCAACAGAUGGCAGAGGAAAUGGUAGAAGCAGCAGGGGAGGACGAGCGGGAGCUUGCUGCAGAGAUGGCAGCAGCGUUCCUGAAUGAAAACCUCCCUGAAUCCAUUUUUGGAGCUCCUAAGGCUGGCAAUGGGCAGUGGGCCUCUGUGAUCCGAGUCAUGAAUCCUAUUCAAGGGAACACACUAGACCUUGUCCAGCUAGAACAGAAUGAGGCUGCUUUUAGUGUGGCUGUUUGUAGGUUCUCCAAUACUGGUGAUGAUUGGUAUGUGUUGGUGGGCGUGGCCAAAGACCUGAUACUCAAUCCCCGGUCUGUAGCAGGGGGCUUUGUCUAUACCUACAAGCUUGUGAACAAUGGGGAAAAAUUGGAGUUUUUGCACAAGACUCCAGUGGAAGAGGUCCCUGCUGCCAUUGCCCCAUUCCAGGGGAGGGUGUUGAUUGGUGUGGGGAAGCUUCUGCGAGUCUAUGACUUGGGGAAGAAGAAGUUACUCCGAAAGUGUGAGAACAAGCAUAUUGCCAAUUACAUCUCUGGGAUCCAGACUAUUGGACACAGGGUAAUUGUGUCUGACGUCCAAGAAAGUUUCAUCUGGGUUCGAUACAAGCGUAAUGAGAACCAGCUCAUCAUUUUUGCUGAUGAUACUUACCCACGAUGGGUCACUACGGCUAGCCUUCUGGACUAUGACACUGUGGCUGGGGCAGAUAAGUUUGGCAACAUUUGUGUGGUAAGGCUCCCACCUAACACCAAUGAUGAAGUGGAUGAGGAUCCCACAGGAAACAAAGCCCUGUGGGACCGGGGCUUGCUCAACGGGGCCUCUCAGAAGGCAGAGGUGAUCAUGAACUACCAUGUAGGUGAGACAGUGCUGUCAUUACAGAAGACCACACUGAUUCCCGGAGGCUCAGAAUCGCUUGUCUAUACCACCUUGUCAGGAGGAAUUGGCAUCCUUGUCCCAUUCACAUCCCAUGAGGACCAUGACUUCUUCCAACAUGUGGAAAUGCACCUACGGUCUGAGCAUCCCCCUCUCUGUGGGCGAGACCACCUCAGCUUUCGUUCCUAUUACUUCCCUGUUAAGAAUGUGAUAGACGGAGACCUCUGUGAGCAGUUCAACUCCAUGGAGCCCAACAAACAGAAGAAUGUCUCUGAAGAACUGGACCGAACCCCACCUGAGGUGUCCAAGAAGCUUGAGGACAUCCGGACCCGUUAUGCCUUCUGAGCCCUUUCCCUGUGGGGCUUGUGUCAGAGACUCUGUUUUGUUUCCCCUACCACCUGGCUCUGAACCCAUGUGGCAGAAGGGUGGCUGGUUAAUUAAGACUUUGUAAUAUUAAAGCUAGUAUGUCUUUCGUA